AUGCAACAAGGGAGAGUCCAGGACAGAGUCGCGUUGAAUGACUCUUCCGUUGCGCCCACUCAGCUAUCACAAAUCUUGCCAAUAACCCAACCUGUUGCUGCAAAUGCUAGCGCGCCAGUGCCUCCCCAGAUGCCUGGCUUUGCUAGCCCUGGUCAAGUUCCCAUACACAACAGAAAACGACCGAACCAGGCGCAGAGAAGGCAGAUGAGCUCCCAGCUCUCUAUACCUGUCGACGUUCGCCCCAUCCAUUCAUCAUACGAUCGCCAAGAAUUUGACCAUGGCUCAAACCAAAGUGGUCAAUAUACGCCGAUUCCACCACACCUUUACUCCAACCCAAAUCAAUUCAGAUCACCUCCACCUCAACACUCACGGGCGCCUCACAGCGCCGGCCCCAGUGCUAACUUUGUGCAACACAACAACCACGGCUACCUUGACCAUCAAGCACAAGCUCAUCGACCUGUUCAAUUCGGGAACCACUUGCAACAUAACUCUCGCUUGUCCCAAGGAAAUCGAUUGGGCAGGACGCCCUUCACUAAUGAGGAAGUCCUGAGGCAGACUGCGCUCCUCGACGACCUUCGUCUAAUAUCAGCAUCCGAAAUUGAUAGGGCGGAAAUCGCGCAAAAAGAACGUUUUCGUCUGCGUAUCCAAGAAAUUUGUCGGCUUGUCAUUACUGAGCACGAAUGGAAUACAAGUAGCAACGCGGAUUUCCCACCGUCUUCCGUGGAGCUGAAGUGCUUUGGGAGCUUAUCCUCUGGGUUCGCAACUAAGGCUUCGGACAUGGAUCUUGGCCUGCUAUCUCCUCUCUCAAAGCAUCAGCCAGAUGCUCCUGGAUCACCAAUUCCUAGACUUAUCGAGAAAGCUUUCCUGGACGCCGGUAUCGGGGCUCGCCUGCUCAGCCGAACCAGGGUUCCUAUCAUCAAAUUGUGUGAAUCUCCUCCUGAGAGCUUGCUCAAAGAUCUUGUCGCCCAGCGAGAAAAGUGGGAAGCGGGUUUAGACCAAGACCACCCCGAGUUUCACGGCGAGGAUGAGCAAACCGGUGUCGAGACCAAAGACGAGCAGUCCACGCAACAACUAGAACAAGACCGCAAGUGCCUCGAUCUCACCACAUUCCAGGUCCCGGAUGAACAGGGUCAAUUUCAAGACUUUCAUCUCCGGCAAACUCCCAGGCAGAGUCUCGCCAACUACUCUGCCUUGGCAAAACGCGUAUUGCACAAGGCGGGCGGACGCGAGGUCAAUUUAUCCAAUGUACGGGAGUUCUCAUCUCGGCAUUGGACGAUCCUCAAUCUAGUUUGUCGAUCCUUUGUGCAUGGCCUAGCAGACACGUCUCUUCGUCAACGUCUUCUCAAGUACCCCUCUCUUGCAUUUGAGCCGAAUUCUGAAUUUCCACAAAAUCGAUCACUUCUUGGCGUGUCAGUGCAAGUUGAGGGGGAGCAGCUCAUUCAGAUGUGGGAAGACUGGCCUAUCUCUGCAACACUCGCGGCACUUGACCCCUCUGUUGAGCAAUAUAUUUCUUUCUGGCACAAGUUACAAAGUCAACAAAAUUUUGGUCAGAAUCCCAUCUCGUACACAAAGGAGCUCCAAGUCGCUCUGGAGCGGCUCAAAAAGCUACCCCCGUUUCAGCUUUUACUCCUCGAGCAAGGCCCUGAAGAAUCUGUGACACAGUACUGCCAACGAGCCUUGGUCAUCAUCAAGCAUCUUGGGAUCGAAAAGGUGGACCAUACAUAUCGAGCUCAUCCCGAGGCCAUACAUAAAUACAUUGCUGGUAUCCGUCGCGACGAUGUGCGGAACGAUGUUAAGUCGUGGCAGUCAACCACCGACAUUUGGGAUCUGGACCACAUAACUUCCAAGCACAGGAUUAUUCAGUUGACUAAAGAACUUGAGAGGGCUCUAGCGCAAAAGCUGUAUGGCGACCGUGAAGCCGAUUUUGCGAGGCAUUACAUGGACAUUCUGCAGAUGCCCCUCGAAGAAGACCUACAGCCAUCUGGGACACGCACCUUUAUUAUCCCGCUUCGCGACGAUAACCCAGAGCAUUUCCUUCGCAUCGCAGAAGAGGUACUGCACCUCGACAAAUUGGCACUGAACCAACCUCGUGACAGGUAUCGCGAUCCUCUCGAAUUUCCCGAGAUGGGUGCAGGGGUUCAGUGCGAUAUCAAUUUUUCUGCGCACCUUGCAUUGGAAAACACACUUCUUCUUCGUUGUUAUGCAUUCACAGAUCCGCGAGUUCGGCCAAUGGUUUUAUUCAUCAAACACUGGGCCAAGCUCCGCGGCAUCAACUCUGGAUACAGGGGCACUUUAUCAAGCUACGGCUAUGUGUUGAUGGUGCUUCACUACCUUGUCAAUGUGGCAUCGCCGUUUGUUUGCCCGAACCUGCAACAACUCGGUCGCUCAGGAGACCCUCAGAUGUGCAAGGGCUAUAAUGUGAGCUUUUGGCGCGACGAGGUGGCAAUUCAGCAGCUGGCAGCCUCCCUCCAAAUGAACCAAAACACACAAUCUAUUGGAUACCUCUUGCGCGGGUUCUUCGAGUACUUUGCGCAUAAUGGCAACUUGAGCACUGCUAACAGGCGAGGAUUCGACUGGGGUCGCGACGUUCUGAGCUUGCGAACCCCCGGUGGCCUUUUGACAAAACAGGUGAAGGGCUGGACUGGCGCCAAAACCGUCUAUCAAGCGCAAGAUCCCAACGAGCCAUCGGUGAAGCCUCCAGCGUACUUACCAGAUGGUCCAUCAGGAGGAGCCGAUCAAACAAAUUCAGCUACUAAGAGCACAGCUGUCAAAGAAAUACGCCUACGUUAUCUUUUCGCGAUUGAGGAUCCCUUUGAAACCGAGCACAACGUUGCGCGCACCGUGACACACAAUGGUAUCGUGUCGAUUCGAGAAGAGUUUCGCAGAGCAUGGAGAAUUAUUCAGGCAGCCGGUCAAGGACUUCCUCGUGAUGACCUCUUACUCGCUGUAGACCAGGCUCGCGCAGCCCACAAACCCUCACAGUGUCUUUAUGAAAUACACGGUCGCACGAUGGAUGAGCCUUGA